AUGGCAGAAAGUAAGCUGUCGUCGUUGCCAGUUCGUCAUGUUGAUCCAGGACAAAAGGACCCGACAGACUUCCGGUACCCCAGAUGGUUUGGAGGCUCCGCCUCAUGUAUGGCUGUAGCUGUUUCCCAUCCCUUUGAUCUCAUCAAAGUGCGGAUGCAAACAGUGUCAAAUGGCGCUAAACAAGGGUCAAUCCGAACCGGAAUCCUCAUUGUUCAAAGUGAAGGGUUGAAUGGGCUUUACCAGGGUAUUUCUGCAGGAUUUAUGAGAUCAUUAACCUACGGCACCGCCCGAAUUGCCAUUUACGAAGAGCUGAAAAAGUCGACAACUACUUCCGACAAGUCUCUCUCUGUUCUGGCGCUGGGAUCUAUGGCUGCUGUUUCAGGCUUCAUUGGCGCCAUUCUUGGCACACCAUCCGAUAUUGCAAAUAUCCGGAUGCAAAAUGAUAAGUCCUUGCCUAUACAAUAUCGUCGCAACUACAAGAACGUAUUUGAUGCGUGGUAUCAAAUGAAGCAACAUGAAGGCUGGAGAGCUUUUGUACAAGGUAUCUGGCCUAACUGUUUCCGUUCGGGAAUCAUGACAGCAAGUCAACUGGCAUCCUAUGACGCUUUCAAGCGACUCCUCCAGCGAGUCGGUGACACAAGCGAGGAGAAGCCCUUGAUCCAUUUCUCUGCUUCAUUACUAGCUAGUCUGGUAGCAACUACGGUAUCAAACCCUAUGGACGUAAUUAGGACUCAGUUGAUGAGCUCUGCGAAAAAACUUUCAGUUUUGACCAUUGUCCGAGAGUUGUUCGCUGCUGAAGGUAUUCGGUGGGUAUUCCGAGGAUGGACGCCUAGUUUUGUUCGUCUAGGUCCUCAAACAAUUGCGACCCUAGUAUUUUUGGAACAACACAAACGCUUCUACCGCAACUGGACCAUAAGUCAUUGA